AUGACUCGAGUGGCGAGAGAGCCCCAGGAGAUUCCAGGCGGGCGGAAGAGGCUUCCGCACAGUAGGCAGAGAGCGGAACUGUCGAGCGGCAGGCGGUUCCUAGGUCGGGGUCACUUGAGAGAGACUCCAGAGAGGUGUGUUGUGCAGAAGCUCAACGGAAGCUUCGAUUCCAUCAGAGUUAUCCAGAAGAACGUCACGACGUUCAGUCAACGGCUCCCGCAGAGAAAAAGGAGAUGGCGGUAUACCCUUCUGCUGCUACCACUGUUCAUAUAUUUCACAGUCGGCUGUCUACCGUUGGCGGAGGCAGCUCCGAAAAAACAUAACAGUCAAGAGAAAGCGAAGUACAGUUCGUUUUCGGACCCCACGACGGGUCGAUUCAUCCAUCAGACGAUGAACGAACACACCGGUCAGAUAUACGUCGGAGCUGUGAACACGAUUUUCCAGCUCGACGAGAACCUGAAUGUCCAAAGUGUCGCCAAGAUGGGACCUCAAGAAGACGAUCCGUGGUGUCCGGUGACCAGGCAAUGUCCUACGAUCCACAGGAAACCCCUCGACUACUACAACAAAGUUCUUGUGAUCGAUUACGUGAACUCGCGUCUGAUCUCUUGCGGAUCGCUGUUCCAGGGCGUUUGCGCCGUACACCGACUCGACAACGUUCACGAUACCCGGACGCCGGCGCACGAAUCUGUUGUCGCAAACAACGCGACGGCGUCCACCGUGGGCUUCAUCGGCAAAGGACCGAACAAUCAACGCGUCCUAUACGUCGGAGUGUCGUACACCAACAACGGACCGUACCGGUCCGACGUACCCGCGGUUUCGAGUCGGAGUCUCGAUCUCAACAACAACACGUUCAACAUUGCGGUCACCGGAGUGUCGACCGGAACGCGAGUGAGCGUCAAUUCGCUCGCCAGAGAGUUCUUCCCGAUCCAUUACGUGUUCGGUUUCACGUCGAAGGACUUCUCCUAUUGGCUCACGGUUCAGAAGAAGGAGACGGACCGGCCGUACCCCUAUAUCUCAAAGCUGGUGCGCGUGUGUCAACGCGAUGUGCACUACUACUCCUAUACGGAAGUGGCGCUAACGUGCAAGACGUCGGACGGACUCGAUUACAACUUGGCCCAGGCCGCUUACGUCGGAAAACCCGGCUCAGAGCUGGCCGUCAGCCUAGGAAUCAGCGCUCAGGACGACGUGCUGUUCGUUGUCUUCGCCAAAUCUCAGGACGAGGGCGAUGACUCCCACAACAAGCCGACCCACAAGAGCGCUCUAUGCGUCUACGCCUUAAGCGCCGUGCAUCGAAAAUUCACGCAAAACAUCCACCACUGCUUCAACGGCCACGGUCAGAGAGGAUUGGACUUCAUCAACCCAUCGCAACCAUGUCAACUAACGCAAGUGCAGAUCAGCGACGACUUCUGCGGGAUGGAAGUCAACACUCCAUUGGACGGAGCGGUUCCGAUAGACGCUGCCCCCCUACUGGUCUACCCCAACACGCUGCUGACUUCGGUCAGUGCUGUAAGCACUCACGACUACACCGUGUGUUUCCUCGGCACAGCUGACGGACAUCUGAAGAAGGCUGUCGUCGAGUCAGUGAACUCUGCAUUCGAAUACGCAGACAUUGCCCUGGAUGAGGGAAAACCCGUCCAACCCGACAUGCUUUUCGAUCGUGAACACAAAUACGUCUACGUCAUGACAGAGAAAAAGAUUACCAAGGUGAACGUGCAGGAGUGUUCUCAGUAUAAGACGUGCGUGGACUGCCUGGGCGCCCAAGACCCGUACUGUGGAUGGUGCUCUUUAGAGAAUAAAUGCAGCCUUCGUUCAGACUGUGCUCAGGCUGCCCAGGACCCUUUGUACUGGCUGAGUUACAAGAGUGGUAAAUGUACCACAAUCACACAAGUACAUCCCCCAAGAAUCCAGCGGACAACCGCGCGGAUCCUUUCCCUGAACAUUGGCAACCUACCCAACCUCGAAGGGAACUUCUAUUGCGCCUUCACGACCAACGGAAAGACCCUCGAGACGAACGCUACGAAAACGACCAAUGGAGUCCAGUGCGCCACCCCGCACACGGACUCGUUGCCGUCGAUCGCGUCCGGAGAGCAUCAUUUCACCGCGAAACUUUCCGUCAGAAUGAGGAAUAACCCCGAUUUCGUUGCCACCAACUUUACGUUCUACGACUGCAGCACCUACUCCUCAUGCACCGAAUGCGUGUCAAGCCCGUUCCCCUGUGACUGGUGCGUGGGCGGCCACCGUUGCACCCACGACACGGGCGAGAACUGUCGGAACGACGUCCUGGUGACAGGAGUCGCCAGCGUAGGACCGUCUAUCCGCUCGGGACCUGGUUUCUGUCCUCGAAUCAAUGCAACCAACAACGUCCCCGAACAGCUUGUGGCCAUGGGAGUCAACAAGAUAAUCCAAGUGCGCGUCGACAACAUCCCCCCUUUCAUUGCUCAGACAAAGUUCAUAUGUCAAUUCAACAUCGAAGGUCGAGUGAAACAGGUCAAUGCACGAAUGCUAGGCGAUACAAUCUACUGCGAUCAAAUGAAUUUCUCGUACACGAGUCUGGUGCCCAACAUCACGGCGACGUUCGCUGUCAUCUGGGACAGCUCGAAACCCCUUGACAAUCCGGACAAUAUGCACGUACUCGUCUAUCGAUGCAACGCCAUGAGCGAGAACUGUGGCAUGUGUCUCGAACUGCCCGACAAAUACGGCUGCGGAUGGUGCCAAGAUUCGAACAAGUGCGAGGUCCAAGACCAAUGCCAUAAGCACACUGUCAAAUGGCUCGAGAGGACACAGACGUGCCCUGAUCCCCAGAUUACGAAAGUCACUCCCAUGAGCGGACCUCUAGAAGGAGGAACAAACAUCACGAUCGACGGUUACAACCUCGGUCGAGUGUUCGCGGAUAUCGAGAACGGACUCUUCAUCGAUCUCGGCGAGCGCGAGAAAAUCGAGUGCAAAGCACAUCCGGAACUAUACGUGAAAACCACGCGAAUCGUGUGCGAACUUCGUGGCCCCGCGGGCAACAAGACGGCGUCCGGAAACACCAUCAGUGGAUCGGUAGUGGUCAAAGUGGCGAACGAUUACAUGGCCAGGUCACCAGAUCCUUAUUCCUUUGUUAACCCCCGGAUAACUUCCAUUAACCCCUCGAAGGGCCCCAUGAGCGGAGGCACGAAACUCCGCAUUUGGGGUCUGCACAUGGAUGCCGGAAGUCACGCAGAAGCAUUCGUGGGCUCCAGACCUUGUGAGAUCAUCUCUCGAAAGCCAAACGUGGUCGAAUGCAUCACUUCGGACUCGCAGAAAGCCGAAGAAGGAAAAGUACGCCUCAAGCUCGACCGUGGAUUGAAGUCGUUCGAAGAAUACGGAUUUCUCUACGUCGGAGAUCCCGAGGUUCAUCAAGUCGACAGCGGAGGCGCACCAGGAAGCACCGGCCACGUAAAAGGGAGUGCCCCUAAAGGAAUUCCCAGCGGGGGUAUCUCUGUGCUUGUCAGGGGGACCCAUCUCAACUCAGUCCAAGAGCCCAUGAUGUACGUAGCGCUCGACGGCGUGGAGUACUACUCGAAAUGCACGCCCGAGAGCAGCUCGGAGAUGAAGUGUCGCACGCCUAGCGUACCGUCCGAUCAGCUGAGUUUCGCAGAGGACGAAGAUUUCAUUGAGCUCGAAUACGGAUUCAAAAUGGAUAACGUCAAAGGCGUUCGCCAUCUCUCCUCCACCAAGGGCUUCCCCAAGUUCCAAAUGUACCCUGACCCAUCGUAUGCACAGUUCGCUGAGGAGGGCGGGAUCAAAUACUACAAGUCCGACUAUCUGACAAUUAACGGCGGAAACCUCGACCGCGCCUCGCAGGAGACCGACGUCGUCGUUCGCAUCGGCGCUGGCUUCUGCAACGUCACGUCGCUCAGUCGCACCCAGCUUACAUGUCGGCCACCGACAGAACAACCCGCAGCCCUCGAUGAGUCUGGUCAGAUCGACCGGAAUCGCAUACCUCAAGUGAUCGUCGAAGUCGGUGAUAAUCUCCGCUACCAAAUCGGAAUGCUCAGUUACGAUGCACCACACGGCCACGAAAAUCAACUCUCGCGACCCAUCGUCAUAGGAGUGAUUUGCGGCGGAGUGAUUCUCAUCAUCAUCGUCAUCGGCAUCCUCAUCGCGUACCGACGCAAGAGCACCGAAUCGUCGCGAGUGCUCAAAACCAUGCAGGAACAAAUGGACGUAUUAGAGCUCCGGGUGGCCUCUGAAUGCAAAGAAGCAUUCGCCGAACUCCAGACCGAAAUGACCGACCUGACUUCGGACUUGACAGCAGGCGGAAUUCCCUACCUCGACUACAGGACGUACACCAUGAAAGUACUAUUCCCCAACAUGGAAGAUCAUGCGGUACUUAAGGAAAUGCAGGUCGAUCCAGUAAAGAAACAGUAUAUGGAGAAAGGACUCAGGAUGUUUGGACAGCUCAUCAUGAACAGAACGUUCCUGCUCUUGUUCAUCCGCACCCUCGAGUCCAACAGGUACUUUUCAAUGCGAGAUCGAGUUCAAGUUGCUUCCUUAAUCAUGGUCACGCUCCAAGGAAAAAUGGAAUACUGCACAGACAUCCUAAAGACCCUCCUGGCGGAACUCAUUGAGAAAUGCAUCGACGGCAAAUCGCAUCCGAAACUGUUGCUGCGGCGAACCGAAUCGGUCGCAGAGAAAAUGCUGUCGGCAUGGUUCACGUUUUUGCUUUACAAGUUCUUGCGUGAAUGCGCCGGCGAGCCGUUGUUUGUGCUAUUCCGCGCCAUCAAACAACAAGUGGACAAAGGCCCCGUGGACGCGGUCACAAGCGAGGCUCGCUAUUCGCUCAGCGAGGAAAAACUCAUUCGUCAGUCCGUAGAUUACAAAUCGAUCACAGCGUACUUCUCCAUUGCGCCGCAGUCGUUCUACAUGCAGACAGGCAUGAUGGACUCGACAGACGGCCAGGACAUUUCAGUUCGUGUGCUCGAUUGCGACACGAUUUCACAGGUGAAAGACAAAGGGCUCGACGCGAUCUACAAGAACACCCCUGCGUCGCAGAGGCCCAACAAAGAAGAACUCGACUUAGAGUGGCGGACGGGCACCUCUGGGCGGAUUACUCUCUCGGACGAAGACGCUACCACGAAAACCGAAGGAGAGUGGCGCCGCUAUAACACGUUGGCUCAUUACAAGGUGCCUGAUGGUGCGAGUCUCAUCCUAGUGCCCAAACAGUCGUCUACCUACAACCUGAGUAUCACAUCUGAGAAGAUGACUCCGGCCGAGAAGACGUUAUAUCACAAAUAUGAGACUCUAAACUUCACCGCCGGGUUCAACCGGUCGCCGCCGAUGUCUCGUGCUACCUCACCGCCCCUUCACGGUCUAGGCGACCUCGAGGGCGGGUUCAAAUACUGGCAUCUGGUAAGACACGCCGAUGCGGAUAGAGAUGAACGAGGUAACAAGAUGGUGUCCGAGAUCUAUUUGACUCGAUUGCUGGCGACCAAAGGAACCCUCCAGAAUUUCGUCGACGACCUCUUCGAAACGAUUUUCUCAACGGCCCAUCGUGGAAGUGCCCUUCCGCUCGCUAUUAAGUACAUGUUCGACUUUCUCGACGACCAAGCCCUUCAACACAACAUCCAAGAUCCCGAAGUUGUGCACACCUGGAAAUCGAAUUCGCUCCCACUGCGCUUCUGGGUGAAUCUCAUUAAGAAUCCAAACUUCGUCUUCGACACGAACAAGUCGAACAUCGUAGAUUCCUGCCUUUCCGUAGUCGCUCAAACGUUCAUGGAUGCGUGCUCGACGUCAGAUCAUCGUCUGGGCAAAGAUUCACCGUCGAGUAAAUUACUCUACGCGAAGGACAUCCCGAACUACAAGGAUCUCGUAGAACGUUACUACGCCAACAUCCGGAUGAUGCCGCAGAUAUCCGAAGAACACAUGAACGCCAUGCUCGCCGAAGAGUCGCGACAACACGCUCACGAAUUCAACACCAACGUCGCGCUUCACGAGCUGUACAAGUUCGCAGCUAGAUACACGGAACAGCUUAUCCAAACGCUCGAGGAAGAUGAGUUCGCUCAAAAGAACAGACUCGCCUACAAACUGUCUAUGGUGGCUCAAACGAUGCGGGGCGAAACGGACGCAUGACGGUCACAUUGGCAUUCCGCUAAUGUGUGAAGAUCUCAACCAGCUGAGCAGCAACAGAUGCAGCGAGAAAAAUCUUCAGACAAACCGCUUCAGCACAACAUCGUCCAACAUCAUCAAUAGGAGAAUAGAGAUUCUUCGUCAGCAUAAGCAGCGAGAACAAUGAAUACCAGAGUUUAAGCAGGAGAGCGAGCAAGCAACAAUCGCCUUUGAUUUCGAUCGAUCGGC